AUGGAUGAAGCACGUACAGAACAAGAGCCAUAUCAGCAUCACCAGGGACCAGUCGCCUCCCACGCGGCCUCGCGUGUCAAGUCACCUUCGACAGUACGCAGGCGGAAUGUGCGGUCUAAUUCUAAUGUGAAUGGCUUUGCACCCUCAUCAUCCACUCCCGGAAGGCUCCGACGCAGCUCAACUUUCUCAGACGCCGUUUCGGAGACUCGCCGAUCUAUAAAGUCAUCAACUGAUGACCUGUUCUUCCCCCGUGCUAGCAAUAACGUGGGAGGUAGCAAUCUUAAUAAUACGGACUCUCAUUGGCACUCUAGUCCUCUUUUGUUGGCUCUCUUACCAGGGCUGGGUGGACUUCUCUUCCAUAAUGGAGCCGCAGUAUUCACUGAUAUUUCUUUACUAUCCAUUGCUGCGGUUUUCUUAAACUGGUCUGUUCGGCUACCAUGGGAAUGGUACUUUGCUGCCCAGGAGCGAGUUCAGCUGGCGCCAGCAGCCUUUGACAUCGAAGAUUUAGAAGCCUCAGAUGCAAAGGUCGAAAAGUCUCAAGAGAGUACAAAAAAUUCUUCGCCCCUGGAUAAGCUAGAAAAUGAGGGAGGGCCCCGCUCUACCUCAUAUCAAAAGGAACAAACAGCAGCAUAUAAAUCCGCAAAACGUGAACUCCACACGCACGAGCUUUCAGCGCUUGCAUUGUGCUUUUUAUUCCCAGUUUUAGCAGCGUAUCUCCUACAUUCGGUUAGGCUUCAGCUAUCACGGCCAUCGGAAGGACUAGUUUCAAACUACAGCCUCACCCUGUUCCUGCUUGCGGCAGAAAUACGCCCCGUUUCUCACCUUCUAAAGAUGGUACAGGCAAGAACGCUCUACCUGCAACGUGUAGUGGCAUCAAACCACCUGAGAACUCUCAACGAUACAGCUCUCGAAUCGGAACCGGUUCUCGAGCUUUCUAAACGUCUUGAGGAACUAGAAUCUCGUCUAUCUAUCGGAAACUCGGAGCUUACCUUUAUUGAAGAAAGCCACACACCCAACCCCGGUAGGGAUCUUGUUGCGGAGGUACGGAAAGCCACUCAAGGCGAUAUUGAUGCACUCGACAAAGUCAUUCGCAGUCAGGAGAGGCGCUGUAGUGCUAUCUCAGUUAAGCUCGAUGCUCACAUACGAACCGUGAACAGCUACAUGGCGGACCUCAACCCACUAUUUACUGUCAAAAGCCAAGGGAAGACAAGGCACGAGUACAAUUUCAAGUAUAGCCCUUUACUUAGGAAUGUCAUAUCCACCAUUAUAUCUCUUACUACUACACCCCUACGGGUCGCCUGGUCCAUAGUUCAGUUACCCAUGUACCCAUUUUCAUGGGCAUAUCGUUGGGCUAUGCAGUCAUCUGGGUCGCGAGAAAAGAAGAGAACUAGGAAGCUACGCACUGCACAGCUGCCUCGUAAAGAAUGGAAUCAGAACCCUUUUGGCUGA